UUGUUGCCAGAAAUAGAUAUUGAUAUGACAUAUCAAUUAGAUGCAUACAAGAGAAAUUACUAAUGGUGAACUGAAACAGAGUGACCUACAGAUAAGAGUAAUGAGGAAGGGGAAGUUGUUAUAUCAUCACCAUGAAAGAAAACUAUUAUCAGAUGUGUCAAAGAAAAUAAAAUCCAGAAGGCAUCGGCAUCACAGUCCUAAGGUUAAGAUAAUAGAUGAAGAAGAUGAAAUUAUACGAAAUAGCUAAGACCUAUUUUGUUGGACUAAUGUUAUAAAGAAAUUAAUAAACACCCAAAGUUUAAUUAUUUAUACAGACAGUAAAAAUUAAAUAGAAAGAACUUUAUUUAGUGUUACAAAGGUUUGAGUGAUAAAAGUGGACUUUGAGGUGCAGAACUAUCUUACGAGAAAGCAUGGCAUGUAUUCAAUGGAGGUAGAUAAAAAAUAGUUAGCCUUAAUGUGCUUUUGACAAAAAGUGAGUGUGCAUCUUCAAUAGUUACCUGAUUUAUAUGAAGAACAACAAAAUGGUGAUCUACCUCUCUAGGGGUGCUUUCGGUUCCUAUGAGCCAAGAGCUGCAUCGAGACGGCAAUAAAUACGCGCGCCCGCUGUGAAGUGUUUCGUAGCGGUAAUUUGCGUAUUGGCCACAGCGAGGAGAAGGCGCCACGUGUGGGCCUGCGUACACCCGGGGGCGGGCGCUUUGCGCCGCCCCUCAACUGCAUAAUAUAUACCCGCCAGAUGGUUUAUUGACAUCGGGACAAAAUAAGCAUGAUGUAGAGUGGGAACCUGACAUCAUUGCUCCAGACCCGUUCAUGUCAGACGAUUGUUUAGAUGUCUUUUCACCGAAUCAUCAGUUCCUGCUGACCAAGACACAGGAACCAAACACGAUGAGUACAGGGGAAGAUGAACCAUCGUCUGGUUUAAAUGGAAGAUUAAGACCCAGGAAGUCUACUUUCCCCAGCCCUCAACCCAAGGCCGCACGUAGGUUAGAGGGCAAAUGCUCUCAGGAGAAAUUAAAGAAGAACGGGACCCCUUCCAAAUCCUCACUAAAUAAAACGGAUGAUCUCUUUAUCGAUUCAGACUGCGCUCCGGUUGUCCAUCUUUGUCCCUAUUGUGACAGAACAUUCGCCUCUAAGCAAACUGUUUCGAAACAUGUACGCCGGUCGCAUAUAUGUACUUCAAAAAAAAAUUCAGCUGUGGAAUGUUUGUUUUGCAACCACAUUGAAACGGAACCCCACGAAAUUAUUCGGCAUAUGGUCGACAGUCAUCCUAAUCAAUACUUCGCUUGUCUUGACUGCCAUGGAAGAUUUUCGUCUACGUCCGAACUGGCCGAACAUAAACUUAAUGUAUGCGAAAAGCAGAAGCCUUCAUACCGCAGUAAAUUACGCCAAAAAUCGUCGACUGUCAAGAAAAUAACGAAAAAACUGAACAUUAACAAUAAAGACGAUUUUCAGAACGAUGGCAAAGACUAUCCGGAUGAACCUGAUUAUAACGGCAUCGUUAUUGCAUGUGAACUUAAGCCUUCACAAAUUCAUGAUGCGGCCGAUAUUGAGGAUAACCUUACAACGAAUUUAAUUUUGCCGCCCACCAAGAAUAUAGGCAAUAACACAGUACUAGAAAAGAAUGCCGUCAUCGUAUUGGAUGACAUACAGUGGAACAAACGUAUACCUCCUAAUUUCACGUUCCAUAAUACGGACGCUGAUCAAAUACUAUCCAGGCUAGGCGUUAUCCACAGAUCGUCGAGGACCGGCGAAUCUACGAAGAGGGACUGGUUUAAAGCCAUAGAGGAUACAACUCAGAAGUUCGAGAAGUGCUUUGACACCAGCUUCUAUUCUAGAGUUGCAAGUAAUGUGCAAGAAAAUUUAACAAAAUACUUAGAUGGAUCGUUUAAUUUUAAUCCGGAUCCAGACAACACAAUAAAAACUAGAAAGGCUAAAAACAAUGUGGUAAUAAACACUGCUGAAGGAUUUCCGAUACUUCUAGCUUUCGAGCAGUAUUCGCGUAAUGUCUUCGAUGGACAUAUUCCGCGUGCUAUUGCACCCAAGCACAAGUGGAAGUGGGAUAAUCUGGAGAAUGAUAAAAGUUUAAUGAAUCCUGAUCAAAUAAAACGUGAUUCACAUGCCAAUAAUUGCAUUAUAACUUUAGUGUCCAGUUUAGAUAUAUGGACACAGUUGCGCAUGCGACGGAUGUUUGAGGACAAGUUUAAACACUCUUCAGUAGAAAAAAAUACUGAAAAAAGAAAUAUAAUAGCAAACGAAUUGAAAGAAAUACUUGAGAGCCGAGAGAUACCCACAUCAUCAUCUCAGAUGGUCGUCUACAAUCCUACAUCAGACACCAGACCAAAUUCCCUUGACUUUCCAGCUUCUUUGGGUCUACAGCCUUCAGUGCCACAAUUUGACCAACAACCUGCAAUAUUAAGCGGGGAAUGGGUGCGGCCGCGAUGCUACGUUUGUUGCGCAUGUGGUGCUCAAACAAGAGACGCACGUGCACUUUCUUCUCACAUGUCUACUCAACACCCAAACGCACAAGUGCAGCACUAUGAGAUCGUUGGUGAAUCUCUAUUAAACGCUGAUAUUUUAAAACAUUUGUACAUUCCUCCUAGUCAAACAUGCACCAGAACCCGCCCCCUUCGUGGAAUCAGGGAAUGUACGAAAUGCAAAAAGACUAUCAGCUUAGAAGACUUGCACCAACAUAUGCUGGAUUGCGCUGGUGAUAUGCCAACAGUACGUAGAAAAUGCCGCUAUCGUCCAUUUGGAGUACGUAGGCGCCGCCCAAGACUACCUGACAAUACUAUCCGCAAGAAAAUACGUAAAGAUAUACGAAACAGACAAAGGCAAAAAAAUCACCUUCGAUCAAGGCCCAGACCCAAGAAUAAAACGGAGGUUGGAGACGCCGAAACUAUACGGAAGAUGUUAGCGGAUUUGCCCGCUAAGCGUCAUCGUGUAUUAGUCAAUCCGCUGAAUUCUAUGCUAAGACCUCGAAGAAGGCUAGAAAAACAACGUAAUAAAUUAAUAUUAAAACAACGCUCCUCGGAAGAACUAAAAAAUAGGCGCCGUAUAAGAGACACAAAUAACAUUGCCGAAUCCGAAAGCAUCGGUGACCAGAUUCAAAAUAGAUUUUUAUCUAACAAAAGUGACAAUGAGAACAAAGUUUUGAAAUCGAAACUAAAAAUAAAUAGCGCUUCUCACCAAACUGAAUCGUUAAAAAGAAAAGCUAUGUUAAACAGAGCUAAACGACGCCUCAAUAAAUUGACAUUGGAAGCGCCGGAGAAUGUUUCUGUAGUCAAUCACGAAGGUACUACUCAAACGCAAGAUCUUUCUAUUGAAAAUACACCUCAACGAAUUGACGUCAAUAGUGGUGCAUUCAAUAUGAGAGAGCAUUCAGGCCGCACGGAGACCAACAAUCGUAAUGAACAAGAUCCAGGCUGCAGCCGCCAGAAUGGAAACUUGAACAACCAGUUCGUUCCGGCACAAAAUGCACCAUUAAAACAUUCGAUAGCAAGGUUAACUGCCAAUUCUGAGACUCAUGAUAAGUCUGUGCAAUUCCAUCACUUGUUCUUAGUACAACAAGAAUGUAACAAUGUCAAUCAACAUGUAACAACUGGACAGCGGCAAGUUUUCGAAAACGAAGCCGUCGUGACUAGGUUGGAUAAGCCACCUUUGCACCAUCACUAUUCUAAGAGAUCUUUGGAUCCUUACGUCCUGCAAAAGAACAAAUUGAAUAAACCUCGAAAAGGUUUAAAUGACUGCAUUGCAAUGCUGAAGAAUAAGUUGGUUGAACCUAUACCGCAUCAUCCAAUGACUGAACAUGUCUCUGUUCAGUGUGGGAAUGAUGAACCGAUUGAUCGGGAACCGGUAUAUUUGCCAAUAAGAAAUGUUAUAGAAUCAAGUAUCAAUAUGACCCCCGCCGAAGUAUUUUAUCGGCCAGUUCCAAUGCAAGAACCAAUGGAAAUGUGUAGAACUGACUUGAGCGCGCAAACACUCGCGGCUUUCCAAUACAAUGUAAAUAAAGAAAUGUUAACACGUUCUAAGGUUGAAAGAACCAAAACGCGACAGAAAACAUCUAUUCAGCUUGGGAGCCGUCUACCACCAAAACAAAAACAGAUCGAACUCCCAAUUAAACGCAAGUCUUCCCGUCUAAAAUCAAUCGCUCGGGUGGAAAUUGAGACACAACAAAAACUUUUGGGCUUACCGCCUCAAAUUGAGAUAAUACCACAUAGUUCUGUCGAUUUACAGGCCGUUAACGUAAAUGCUAUACGCCGACGUCGUGACUCUUAUCAAAAGUUCGAACAAAAUUAUAUAGCACAUCUCCAGAAAUCCAACGAAAUCUCAUUGUUUAGGCAAAGAGCGCCUGAACAGAGUUCUAAAAGCAAAUCAACUGCAAAAAAAGUAAUGACAAUUCAACCUGAUCCUAAAGUAAUGUCCCGAAUGCAAUGUCCCCGGCAAAGCAAUUUAUCUAAAACUUUUUUGCCCGAACAAACUGUACAACAAACGGUAACAGAAACUUAUAUCAAAAGUUGCCAAACGCAACAGAAAUCAACACCAGUGUUUCAAGAGAACACAUCUCCUCAAAAAGUACAUGAUCUUCAACCGAUAAAAAUACAUGAUCUUCAACCGAUAAAAGUACAUGAUCUUCAACCGAUAAAAGUACAUGAUCUUCAACCGAUAAAAGAACAUAACCUACCGAUAAAAGAACAUGACCCUCAACCUAUAACUCAUCAAGAACCGAAUCACGAAAAUUUUAUUGCCCCGAAUGAUAUUUAUCGCGAAACUACAAGUUUCAGUGAAUAUCCGACGGCUCUAACUUCAUCCCAUGCAAAUACUAACGUGGAUCCUGCACUUUCAACACCAUUAGAUCUUUCUGGUAAAUGUAUAGUAGUGGAAAGUCCCGAAGUAACAUCGAAUCCAGAAAGUUAUUCUUACUGUAUUAGUAAUUAUGACUCAUAUGGUACUUUAGAUUUAUCUAAUAAGAGCUUGGAUUGCGAAAUGGGUAUUAGACAAACCGGUAUAACGGAUGAAGUAGUAGAUUUACGUAUAAAACAUUCACAACAUUCGAUCUCUCAAGCAAUGUGUAUAAGUUCAUAUCCAGACUCAUCAAAAAAUGAAAAUGAUGUUGCUGCAGAUUUAUCUUUGUCUGUAUGUGAAAAUGAUUAUACACCUACAGAUUUAUCUAUGAAAAGUAAAGUGAGAACUGAACAUGUAGAAAUUAUGGAACCAGUAAAUUACGUUGUUCACGAUUUAUCUAGUCGUAAAUCAAAUGUUCAUUUAACACUCUCUGAGGAUCCAUCAGAAACACAGUUAAAUAAAGAUACCCCUACAGACCUAUCGAUGACGCGAAAUGUAGUAAUCAUGAAUGAACUACAAAGUUCUCUUACACCUCAAACCAAAGAAAUAGAUUUGAGAGUUUCAGUGGAUCUUACUGAGGAGAAAUCUAACGAUUUAAUGACUUGUGAAGUAAAAGACACAGAACAACCGAUGGAUUUACAACACAAACACUUUCAACAUUCAGAAGAUCUCUCAGAUAAAACAAACGAAGUAAAUAUGAAUGAAGACAUACAAAUUUCAAAAAAUGAUUCAAAUGUUAUAGAGCAAACAAGUGAGGUUUUGCAAAAAUCGUCAUAUGACCCAACGUUAAUAAUACCACAGUACAACUUAAACACAUGCGAAACAGAAGACGCUUCGCCCGAAGUCUCAAAUUCUAAUGUGGUUAAAAUACAUCCGAGUAUUAAUCAAAUAUAUUCUCAGGCAGCAUCUGAAUCAGGUGUUGUCCAUAAUGUAACUUCAACACAGCAAACACAUAAUUAUAUGUUUGAUGAUAAUUCUACACAAAGCAGAUUAUCUUACGGCUUCUCGGGAACUCCGCAUAAUGUUUCAAGUGGCGCUUUCGGGGGAAACAUUCCCGUAUAUACAUUGCCAAAUCCUGUUAUGUCAACAUCCAUUCAUAAAUUUGAAAGUACCAAACCUGUCUACACAUUAGCCAAUGCUUGCAUUUCUGUAACCAAAAUAGAAUCUUCAAAUUCAGCCACUCUGACCAAUUCACUAUUAAGUAUUCCCGGAACUACCAUAGCAAGCACUACGUCCGUAUAUACGUUGGCUGGGACAACAAUAGGCGCGCCUAUGCAUUAUGGUGUAGUGCCAAAUAUCCCAAAUACCAUUGGAUUAAUGAAUACCAUUCCUCAGAUCACAAGGGCGGAUAUGAGUAUUGAAAUGAAUAGAGAAACAGAAAAAUUGGAUUCAUCUAUCUAUCCAGUUAUGAAUGUAGACAACGAACAUGAUGCUGAGACUCUGAGAAAAAUUGCUCUAUUACCAAAAGAAUUGGUAGAAAUUUUGGGAACUAUGCCAGCUGAUCAUCGUAAUCAAUUAUUAAAUGUAUUACCCCAAUACGUGUCUACUUCUGCGUGUGCAUCAAGCUUUCAGUCCGAAAGAUGUCAAGAAGAUAGCAUAAAAACAUGCCUCGCACCAUCGAUGAACUUUCCCUCUUCAUGUAAUUAUACUUCUGGUUUCUGUCAAAAUACUAUGCUUUAUCCAAUGAGCUUUGAUUGCGACAAUAAGCAAUCAGCGUAUCUUCUUUUACCGCCUCCGCCUCCACCACCACUACUUCCACCACCACCUCCACCUCCACCUAUAUUGCUGCCCCCACCACCGCCACCACCACCUCCGCCAACAACGCCGCCACCACCACCGCCACAACCACCGCUGCCGCCUUUACCUCCGCCACCACUACCACCGUCGCUACCACCCACAAUUAAAUCCCAAAUUAAUGACGACGACGUAAAACCGUUCGAAUUCAUUGAACCGGAAAAAUAUACACAGGAUCCGUUCAUAUCCCCAAAACAUCUCAAAUACAACGAAUACGAUGACGAUGACAUUAAAAUAAUUGAUUUAACUGAGGAUGAUACCGUGGACAUUGAUGUAGUCAAACUCACUGAAGAUGUUUCACGGCCUAUAGUUUUGCCAUCUAUAGACAGUAAAAAUGUUAUAAAUACUAAGCCUAACAAACAAAAGCCCAAUGAACAAACUGCUAGUUUAAGGGCAGUUCGCAUAAAAGCUCCUUCAGAGAGAAAUAAAAGAGUUUCGACUGAAAAUCACAUGACUACUAAAACUUAUCCAGAAGUACAAAUGAAAAACAAUGAUCAAGACGAUAUAGAAUCGAAUAAAACUUUUGAUUCUGACAUCUCCUUGGCUAUUCAACAAGCUGAAGUUAGCAGUACUCAGCAUAGCAAUAGAAACAUUGUAUCAGAUAAUGGCUUACCGCUGGCUGUUUCGCUUUCCUGCAUAGAACCUAAAACAGAUAAAACUGGAAAGAAUACUUUGUGCAAAACUACAGUUUCAACACAAGAAAAUUACACUAAUACAAAUAAGGAGCAAUGUCAGAAGAAUCAAAUAUGUGGAUCGGAUUUAAUUUCGGUAUCAAUAUAUAACGAGGACAAUUGCCGAGAAGUGACCACAGAUGAAAUUCACGAAAAUAUUGUGAAUGUUGAUCACCCAACUGUUGCAACAAACCCUAUAAGUAAAUCUAUUGCAAGUGAUGAUAUUGUGAACUCGGAUUUAGAAUCUCACGAUCGUAAAGUAGAAACUCAAAUAACUCCUGAUUUAUCUGAUAAGCGAUGUAUCCCAACAGAUAAAAAUGAUGUGACAAUGGAUGAAACACCACUACAGGAACAGUCAUUAAACUAUAAACAAAAAUAUUAUGAAGACGAAGAUUCUGAAGAUGAUGUAUCUUUAGCUGUCAUAGUUAAACAAAAGCAAUUAGAUCAACAAUCCACAGAACUUAUUGAAACUAAAAAAGCCGAUGGAAAUGAAGAAAAUCAUAUAUUUAUUAAAAAAAAGAAAAAAACUAAAAAACCAAAGAAAACAAACAAAAAAGUUUGUGAAGAAAUAAUACCAGCCAAAGAAGAUACUAAUAAAAAUAUUUUGAGUAAUGAACAAAGUAAAAUAUUUCCUGCUAAAGUAAACACCACAUAUUCCAAAGAAUACAUUACACAAGACAAACAGAUUUCCACAAAUAUGGAAAGUAACAAUUAUCAAGACAAUGAAUUCAUAACCAAAGAUAAUAUAGAGAAGCAUUGCAGAAAGAAAAUAAAAAAAAGUGGAAACGUCAAUAACACCGGUGAACAGGAAAGCCUAAUGGACAAUGGCGAAGAAACAACUGAAUUACAGAAUAUGGAAAAGAAAACAUUUUUUGCGAAAACUCAGAAUAAAGCACUUAAUGAUAGAAGCAUGGUUUGUGAACAAGAGGUCAAAAUAAUUGAACAAGAAUGUGAUGAAUCUUUGAAAAACCUUAAACUGAAGCCAACUUCAACAGAAAGACACCAACAAAUGAAAAAAAAACAAAAGAGAGAUACCGAACAAGUGGAAUCUAGUAAAAUUAUAUUGGAAGAGUCCCAUCCCAUCUCGACAAAACCAGGUAAUUUGAUACAGAAAGAGAGAAAAAAGAAAAUGUAUUUUCUUAAUACUGAAAUCAAAGAAUUAUGUUCUGAUGACGAAGAUAUGACCCUUUCCUCAGUGAUUGAAAAUAAAGCAAACAAUACCACGGUAGUCGCAGAAAACAAAACUACUAAUAACGAAUUGCCAAUGUCAUAUUGUGAUGACAAUCAUGUUCAGGGUAAUUUACAAAUAAAAAUUGAUACGAAUACUAUCAGUGCAAAAGACUUAAACGAUAAGGAUGCAACUUUUCUGAGUGAUAAUGAAGUGCUAUCUGACACACAAGAUAAAAUUAUAACCCCGUUGCGCCGUAGUAGACGAGGAAAAUCUAUGUUCAUUGACAAUUGUGACAUCACCAAUCAAGAAAGCUUAACACCCAGCAGCUCAAUAUCUCUGGAACAAAAGACACCAUUAACUAAAAAGCAACUUAUUUUCUCAAAACUGCUUCUUGAUGAAGAGAAUCAAACCGAAGUUCCAGCGCACUCUACACCCGAGAAUCAUACGCACAUAGAGAGAUCUGAUACUACAAAUACAUUUGUUUCACAUUUAGAAAAUAAUUUUAGUAAUAUAGCAGACUCAUCUAUACAGGAAACAGAUAAAAAUAAAGCUAUUAAACGCAAAAAGUCGCCUCACUUAAAACGUAAAAGCAAGAAAAAGAAAUCGUUUGAUAAUUCAAACGCAUCGGAUGACACAGACACGGAUACAGCAUUGAGCAAGAUUGACACAAAGACACGAAAGUCCUCUGAGACUCAUGUAGUUGAUUCUUCAAUAAAGAACAAUGAAGAUGUUGAACAAGGGAAUAAAUUUACUCAAAAUGCCUACAAUGAUGCAGAAACCGCACCGAUGGAAAAUUUAGCUAUAAAAAUUCCCCAAACAAAAAUAAAUACAAAUGAAAAUGAGAUAAAUCAUAAUAAUUCUACUAACACUGAAACGCCGUCAAUAUCAAAAGAAAAGCGUAAACUUGACAUGUUAGCAACAAACUUAGAUUCCGAUUCAAAUUUGAAGCCGAAGAAAACUAAAACCGAUUGUAAAAAUGAUAAAACAUCCCCCGAAGAAGUAUGUGACAAUAAAUUUAAACAUGACACAACAAAUCUGUUAUGUAAGGACAAAGCUAUUUCAAAGGGUGAAGUACGUACAACUUGUUACAAUAUGCCCAUAGCGGCUAGGCGAACGCGUUCAAAGUCAGCUGUAGUUAAAUCAUCAGGAAAUGAGUUCUAUGAUCCAUACGACAUUGAUUUGGAUGACAUGUUAGAUAAAAAUGUGUCUAUGGACAAUAAAAGGCCAGUUCCUUUUCAACAGAAAACAACUAAGAUUCAAGCUACAAAAGCUCUAUCUUUAGAAAACCAAUCUGAUACGCAGAGCACUAACGUAAAAGAAUUGUCUAUAAAGAACGAUAAUCAAACCAUAGAAUCUAAUAUAAAGAUACAAGACUCUCAUGAUGACAUUGUAGAUGAAACAGAUCACACAAAGGAAGUUGUUAGUGAUUCCGAUGAUUCUAGUAAGAGUGAUGUACCAUUACAAAAAUAUGUUGAAGAGAAAGAAAAAAGGAAUUUAGCUUUAGGUGAGAGUAGUGUUACAUCUGAAAGAGAAGAAAAUGAAAUGGAUACUACUGAAGACACAUCAGAUGAAAAGGACAAAACUCAAAAGAAAAGUAGACGAACUCUUGCAGUUUGCAAUCCAGUUGAUACUGCAAAUUCUCUUGAUGAGACGGAAGAAAACCUCAGAUCUGAACAAUUUAUGGAAAGUUUUGGAUUUUUCUCUGAAAGAAAACCUAGAAAAUCAAAUUUGUUAGCCUCAAAGAAAAUUUCGGAGACAUUUCAUAUUAUCGCUAAUGAAAGUGAUGAUGUAUAUUUUGGAUAUAAAGAAAAAUCGGGGAAAAAAUCAUCACAAAAUGAAAAUAGAAAAUCUGUUGAUGGUGAGAGCAGUUCUAUCAAAAAAACAAUAAAACGUGGUCGAAAAAAGAAACCUUGUACAAAAAUUGUACCCCGCAAUUGUAAUAUAUGUAAAAAAGAAUAUCGACGUCCAGAUAACUUUAUAAGGCAUCAAGUUUCGUUGUACCAUGUAUCAAAGUUAUCUGAAAUUGAAAUGAAAGUUGAGACUGUGCCCGUACCUGAUGAAUCAACUUAUCUAAUGGUGUACAAACAGCAUGUCGAUCGUCUAAAAAUGUUAACUGAGAAAUUGGAAAAACUAAAAAAGAAUUCUAAAUAUCCUCUGAAUAUUAAAGUACCUACAGUUGACGAGAUUUUGAAUGAAGUUAAUACAACAGUAAGGGAACAGGCGGUUUCAAAACUUAGUGGCGAUGAAGCCCUUUUCGUAGAUUGCUGUGAGCUAUUGAAAGAAUCACAUAAAACUGAUGAGAUGAAAGCUGCAGACAAGUGUUUAACGACUACUCAAAACAGAGUAACAACCCUAGAUACCUUCGAGGAACAGUUAAAUGAAGCGGAGAGAAAUAAUUCAAAAAGUGAUGGUGACGUGGAUUCUAUUACGGCCAGAAAUAUAUUAGAGAGUGAGGAAGUAAAAAAAUUGGAAAAUGAUUUAAUCUCUGGCUUAAAAGAGGCAGCUAAUGCCGGAAACCUGCCUUCUUUAACUUGCCAGCAUACAGUAUCAACAAUAGUUGAUGAUGUAAGAACACAACAUACUAAUGAAAUGAUUGAAACUAACAUCAGCUCUCAAAUAGUCCCCACUAAUGAUGAUCAAACUGAUGAAGUAAAUAUUCCGAUCGAAGAGCCCACCACGAGUAAAGCUAAGAAAGUUGUAGUUAAAGAUAAAUUGUACCCAGAUGUACCUGAACCUAUAGAUAUGUUAGAAGACAAAUUCGAUAAAAUAAAAAGAAAAUGUCGUUCUCAGGCAGCAGCCGCAAAACAAAAUCAAAAUAUUAUUGAACCUGUAGUGAGCCAAAAACCAAGAAAGAAAUCGGACAAGAAAAAGAAUAAGCGAAGUUCAAAGAAAACAUAUCAAAGUAGUCAGGUACCUACCAAAGGUGCUCUGAAGGGAUUUGACGGUAUCAAAGUGUCAAUUCCGACUACUGAAAUUAACAUGUCGGCUAUAGUUCCUUCACACUCAAAUAUUCAAAAAAAGAAAAAGAAAAACGGUCCAAAGAAGAAAAGAAGUAAAAAAGAGUUUGAACCAAGCACUCAAUGUGAUACUGACCAACAAUCAAAAGAAUAUUCUCAGAAAAAAGUGGACGUUUACGAAUUUAAGGAUAAUGAAGAUGCAGAAGUUUUUGAAUUUAGGCCGUCCACAUUAAUGGAAAGAUUUAAAAGUAUUAGCAACAAAGAUAUGCCUUCUACUUCCAAGAUAACACCUUCGAUCGAUAAUGAAGAUAACUCUAGCGGCAGUGUUUCUGAUGGAGACGACUUUGUAUACAUGUCUGAUGAUUAUGUUUGUAGUAAUGAAGAUACCGAAAAUAGUGUGAUGUCUUGUGAGGUGAGUAACAAUAAAAAUAAUGAAGCGAAGAAAACCUCCUCACCGCCAAAAAGGAAGGAUAUCGUAGACAAAAAUGCUGUUAUGGGUAAAAUCUUUAGACAUAAUGCUGUUCGGAGUGAGAAGAAAAUAACAAAGAGCAAAGAGCCUUCCAAUUCUUCUGCCAAUUUAGAUAAACUCUUCGACAGUUUACUCGAAGAGCAACCUAGUUCGUCAACAUCCAAGGAUGAUGCCACAUCACCGUCAAAAGAGGAAGUUUCGUCCUCAAAAUAUGAACAUUCUAAACAAGAACGUUCUUCGAAAUACGGAUAUUCAUCAAAACAAGAUCAGUCAUCAAAGAAUGAUAACUCGACUAAAUACGACCAUUCUCCAAAACAAGAUCUGUCAGCAAAGAAUGAUAACUUGACCAAAUACGACCAUUCUACAAAACGAGAUCAAUCAUCAAAGAGUGAUAACUCCACCAAAUACGAUAAAUCUACAAAACAAGAUCAUUCAUCAAAGAACGAUAACUCGACCAAAUAUGACCAUUCUUCAAAAAAGGAUCAUUCAUCAAAGAAUGAUAACUCGCCCAAAUAUGACCAUACUUCAAAAAAAGAUCAUUCAUCAAAGAAUGAUAAUUCGACCAAGUAUGACCAUUCUUCAAAAAAGGAUCAUUCAUCUAAAAGCAAUCAUUCCUCAAAAUACGAUCAUCCAUUAAAAUAUGAUCAUUCUUCAAAAUACGAACAUUCCUCCAAAUAUGAUCGAUUUUCUAAACACCAUUCAAUGUCUGAAGGAUCACCGAAGUCUGAUCAUUCAUCGAAAUAUGAACACUCUGAUAAGCAUGAGUAUCGUUCUAAGCAUGAUCAUUCUUUAAAAGAUCGCGAUCUUACAUUGAAACGCGAUCUGCCCCUAAAGCAUGAUAUUUAUAAAAAGCCGGAUCAACAUUCUAAACACGAGCAUUCUUCAAAAUAUGACUCUUUUGUAAAUCAAAACGCGCUUUCCAAAUACGAUAAUCCAUCUAAAUAUGAACAUAGCUCGAAAUAUGAUACUCAUUCAAAACACAAAAGUUCCCAAGACAAGCAUUAUAAACAUAAUUCCCAGUCCCAACAAUAUUAUUCUUCUAAUGAUAGUUCCCCAAGUGACCAGGAAUUAACAAGUCAUAAAUCCCCUAAAAAUUACGAUGCAUUAUCUCAAAAGUACGAAUCAAAAAAAUAUAAUGACGAAACUGAUUAUGGUCCAUCUACGUCCAAAAGACAUGACGAUAUUUCAAGAAAAUAUUAUAUAACUAAGGAAAAAAGUUACAAGACGGCAUCUCCAAAGAAAUUCGAGGCCAUGGCAUCUAACAAGUAUGAAUCAGUGAUGUCAAGAACUUUAAGCCCAUCUUCUAAAUAUGGCGAUACUUCAUUGUCAAAAAGCGAUGACGUGUCCCACAAACGUCAUGAUUCAAAAGACUAUCCCAAAGAAAAAUCGCCAUCCAAGAGAGUGGAUGAAGGAAUUGGAACAAGUUAUGAGUAUAGCAACGAACUGUUGGAUGAAGUAUCACGUGAUGACGCUGGCGUAGCUAGACAACGGGCGCGAAGGAAGUGCACAGUAGGCAAGCAGAAUGUAUUAGCAGAGACGUGGAGUUCUGAGUCGGAACCAGACGGAGUGCCACCACGGCCCAACAGUGCAGAGUCUGUGGUAUUAAGUGUUGGUAGGAAGAAAAAAGGUAAGCCUAAGAAGGAUGGACAGCAAGUUAGCGUUCGCAGAGGUAACACAAGAUACAUUUCAUUUAAAAGGCACGAUACAGAAACCAGGGUAAAUAGUGGCAAUCGCGUAAUGCCUAGCAGCGGUGCCGGAAGAAGCUGCGGUGUAGGAAAGACGUCACUGGAACGAGAUGACGAUGAUGAACGUCCCUCCAGUAGCGGCACCGUAAGAUGCAGUUCUCCAAUUGCGGGCGGUUCGGGCACGAGCGCGGUAUUCACACCGCCGGCGCCCAGAGUGCGUCCGCGGCCCUCGACCUACUACUGGUCAUCGGAGGGCGACGAAGAGCAGGAACACGUGCAGCAGCACGGCUGGAUAGUCGGUGACAGCCAUAAAAAAUUGGUAACUAUGUUAGCGCACGCCAAGGGUCGCAAGCGCAACAACGAUGACAAGCGUCUUGUGGACGAGUAAAUUAGCUUUUUAGAUUAUAUUAAUCUUGUAAAUAUAUUGUACAUAUUAUCAAGUUCUUCAUGAAAUGUCGUUUAUAUGACAUUUGACCAGAAACUUUUAAAGCUAAAAUUUUAUUGAGUUCUGUAAAUACUGUAUAUCUUUUAUAGCAUAUUUUAGUUAAUUAUUAUUGAGCCUAGUUUUCAGUGAGGUCUGAAUUUAUUUAAUUAAUAUUAAUCUACCCUUUCAAUGUAAUAGCAAAUUUUUCGAUUAUCACUGUCAAAGUAAAUACAAAGAGUCCUCUUUUAAUGUUAACAUGUAAUUUAAUAAAUAAUUAUUAUGAUACGGGGCAUUUUCCUUAGGACAAAUUAGUAUGUUUUAGUUGUACAGAAUAUCGCAUUUGUACAGCACUGCCCAUUUUAUGGUUUUAUUGCUAUAUAUGUUUGCAUGUUGUUUUGUUACCAAUGUAAUAGUGUGAUCAUGAUUAUAAUAUUAUUUGUGUACCCACAAAUCUUGAAUACCUAUACUGCGAAAUGUUUAAUGGCAUAAUAGUUUCCGCGUUUGAUCUGCUAAUGGAUCGGUUAACUUUAUAUAUAACCAGAAAUAUAUUGUAUUAAAUGAUUGUAGAUGUAGCACAAAAAUAAAAAUUGUCAUUCAAAGUAUGUAAUGAAAUAGACUCAUUUUAAGACUCAUAGACAGUUGUAAAAUUUAAGGUGUGUGUUAUUAAUAUUAUUUUGAAAUUAUUGUGAAGUAGACUAAAAUGCCCCUGUCUUGUUUGUCGUGCAGAACGCAUACCUAAAUUCAAUGCAUAAUAUUUUGUAGGUAUUGUGUUCCCUGCUCAUUGUAAGUGGAUUCUAAUAAUUAUUAUAAAGUUUAUAAAUGUAUUUAAUUUUGAAAAUAUUUUGAAUUUUCGAUAGACUGAAUGGAUUCAUUCUGUAGAGAGAUUGUAUGUUUGUAGUGUCCGCAUGGGGCUGAUAACGCGGUCUGGGUGAUUUUGUAUUUCUGAGUUUGAUAUUGAUUUGUUAACUAUUUUUAUACAUAUAUAAAUUAGAUGUUUCGUGUAGUCAAUAUUAACAAACAAAAUCUCAUGCAUUAGUUAUGGUUAUUUUCUAGUCCAGUAAAGGAGAGACUAAAAACCCCAUUGUCAGCCUCAAAAGUUUGUGAUCAAUAUUAUAUUCAAUAUUUUAAAAAGAAGACUUUUAUUAUUUUUGCGUAUUACACAAGUGAUGUUCAAUGGCUUGUGUGUCAAAUGUAUUGUGUUUAAUGAAUGGAAGUAAUCAAGUUUGAUUCUUGAAUAAAGCUCAAUGUUGAAAAUA